AUGAUUGCUGUCAUGUUACCAAAUCUUCCACUUUUCCCUGUUCUCUUCCACGGAAUUAGUUAUGUCGGAGGAAUUGUGACAACCUUGAAUCCAUUGUACAGUUAUGAAGAGAUUCAAAGUCAGUUGGCUGAUAGUGGGGCCAUCAUGAUGAUCACUUCAAAGGAUUUUCUUGAAAAGGCCCAAAAAAGCAUUGAAAAUACGAAAGUUAAACAAUUAUUUGUAUUGGACUUGAAGGAUGAGAUUGUGGAAAAUGUGUUAAAAGUGGAAGAAACAUUAUUGAAAGAAUCUGUCAGAACAGAAAUGAUCAAUACUGUUUCAUUCAAUACAAAGGAAGAUGUUUUUGCAGUUCCAUACAGUUCUGGAACUGUUGGCUUAUGCAAGGGAGUUUGUUUGACUCAUUUCAAUACACUCAGUAAUAUUUUACAAUUCAGAUGUUCAGUAGAGAAGAUUUCCUCUGGGGAUUGUACUAUUGCUGUGUUGCCAUUCUUUCAUAUUUAUGGAUUGACUCUUAUUUGCAAUGCAGCUCUCUAUGAGGGAGCCAAGGUUGUAACAAUGGCAAGAUUUGAUUUGGAAACGUUUUUGAGGAAUAUUCAAACUCAUCAAGUGACUAGAAUUCACCUUGUUCCACCAAUAAUGAUUGCUCUCGCCAAGCACCCAUUGAUUGAAAAGUAUAAUCUCACCUCAAUCAAGACACUCGUGUCUGCAGCUGCUCCAUUAUCUGCAGAGGUUGCAAGUAUGGUCAGUAAGAGAUUGAAUGUUAUUGUAAAACAGGGAUAUGGACUUACUGAAACAGGACCAGUUUGUUGUGUAUGUCCUGAUGAUAAUGUAAAGGUUGGAUCUGUUGGAUUGUUACUUCCACUCACCGAUUUGAAAAUACUCGAUUUGGAAACAGAAGAAGAAAUUACACAAGUUGGAAAACAAGGUGAAUUAUGUUUUAGUGGACCACAAAUGAUGAAAGGGUAUUUAAAUAAUGAGGAAGCAACAAAAUAUACUUUAAGAAAUGGCUUUAUUCAUACAGGAGAUGUGGGAUAUAUUGAUAGUGAUGGAUUCUUAUACAUUGUGGAUAGAGUUAAGGAAUUGAUCAAAUAUAAUGGAUAUCAAGUACCUCCUGCUGAACUAGAAGGAAUCCUACUGAAACAUCCUAAAAUUCUGGAUGCUGCUGUAAUUGGUAUACAGGACGAAACUGUGGGUGAAUUACCAAAGGCAUUUGUAGUUAUGAGACCAAAUGAAACUCUCUCAGAGGAUGAGGUCAUGAAUUUCGUGGCAGAGCAUGUCUCUCCACAAAGAAGAGUAAGGUUGGUUGAAUUCGUAAAAGAAAUUCCAAAAUCUUCGAGUGGCAAAAUAUUGAGAAGAUUAUUGAGACAACGUUAG